AUGAUUCCUACAAGAUGCCAUGAGAUCAACGGUUCACGUCCACCGUCGCUAAAACUGGCCGGAGAAUCUCACUCCAUCAAGAAAAGGACGUCGUGUAACGUCGUUAAGCAGCUAGGGCGGCGACAUGGACGGGGAUCUCCGGUAAUUAUCUACGCACACUCUCCGAAAGUGAUCCACACGCGCGCAGAAGACUUCAUGGCCUUGGUUCAGCGGCUCACAGGUCACGAGGAGGUUAUUAGACUGAACCCUAACGGCGUCAGCGAAUCAUCCUCUUCUGUGGUGACGGAAGAAUUCAACGUCGGUGAUGAUGACACGGCGGCACCGUUUAGUAUGGAGAGACAGCAACAUCAUCUGCAAAACCUAGCUGAUAUUCCAUUGUUCACCCCUAGCUCGAUGACCUUGUUCGGUUCUCCAUCUCAACUUCUAUAUAUGUCGCCGAACCGGACCGAUCCGGUUUAA